AUGGAAUGUACACAUCAUUUACGAUGUUCAGAAGCAGAUCGAAUUCGUUGGUUUGAGUUACGUGAACAUGUCCAUAAUUUGAUUGAAUUAGGUAAUAUUGCACGAGAAGAUGGUUACAUUAUUGAAAAAACCAAACUUCGUCAUUCAUUACGAUAUCGUGAUUAUUUAUGUGCUGAAUAUCGAACAAGUGGCUAUUUACUUUAUAAUGAUAGCAGUUAUCAUUUGCAAGUUGCAUGCAUGUGGGUAGGCGGUGAAAUGAAUGCAAGUUGUGGACUGAUACCAUCAACUGAUAAGCCAUUCGGAUAUCAUGAACCACAGGAAUGGCGUCGAAUGCUUUUUGUUUGUUCUUUUUAA